AUGCUCCCAGUCAGAGACACUCCCGCACAAAUGCAGCUCCACCUAGCCGAUCAGCUUAGCCUGCUUAUAUACCAAUCUGUCCACAACGUUGAACUUCAGCGUGCCAAGAAUCAGCUCAAGUGGAGCCUGAUGAUGGCACUCAAGAGUCGGGCAGUGGAGGUGGAGGAUCUUGGCUGGCAGUUGCUUGUCCAUGGUCGGAGGAUUCCUGUGACUGAAAUGAUUGCAGCCAUAGACAAGGUGACUCCUGACUGCAUGUGCCGCAUCGCUACCAGACUAUUCACACCUUCAUCUGGAAACAAGGCCAUAAUUUUGAUGAUGCGAUGCGGGGAUAUAAGGGUUGGAAGGCAAUGCUUAACAUAUGGUGUUGCAGGAGCAUGA